AUGGGCGUACCGCGAGUUGCUAGCACCGCUGCAGCCGAGCUUGAGCUCGAGCGAGCGAGGCGACCCCACCUGUUGAUCGUUGACGACUCGAGAGAAACACGCACCGGUGGAACCUGGCUGCCAGAAGGCUUGGAAGGCCAACAGUCCAGUGUGCGUGGUAGCUCCCUGGACUACGUAGCUGCUGUGCUGUUGGCGGCGAUGGCUGCCGUACUGCUGGCAGCCGUGGGCUACCAUUGUGCUGCAACUUGGCGCUGGUUUAUGGGACGAUCCAGACGUGAAUCCCAGGACAGCAACUGCGACUCUCUAUCCCGUCAGGCUGCAAUCCGCAUCAGUCAUUCUCUGCCUGAUCUGCAAACUGAGCCUCUGAAACAGGAGUACGUGCAAGAGCACAAGGAUGCCGGAAAAAAGGUUCUUCGCCAGACAACCUUGCCGAUUGUUCCCACGCGCCAUCAAACUUUCCAACGUCAGCUCUCCCACCGUCUGGAUCUACCUUCGAUUCAGUUCAGCAUUUGCAGUUUGGAGCGCGCUGAUUCCUCUAUUGGCUUGAUAAAGCCGGAGCUGUAUAAAAAUGAGUUGGUACGUCAAUCAUCCACAGACAGUGGCGAGUUAGAGUUUUGUGGCAAGCUGCAUUUCGCUUUGAAGUAUGACCAGGAAGUUGAAGCAUUAGUCGUGAAGAUAUUUGAAGCUCGGGACCUUCCUAUCAAGGACGUUUCGGGGAGCAGCGAUCCAUACAUCAAGGUUUUCCUCUUACCGGAUCGCAAGAAGAAGUUCCAGACAAAAGUACACCGGAAGAAUCUUAAUCCUGUUUUCAAUGAAACUUUCCUCUUCAGCGUCCCCUACGAGGAAUUACGUCAGCGUUAUCUACAGUUCUCGGUCUAUGACUUCGAUCGUUUUAGCCGACACGAUUUAAUCGGUCACGUUGUACUCAAGGGACUUUUGGAAUCUGCCGACCUGACACAGGAGAUCGAAUAUACAAUGAACAUCCUGGCAGCACCGCAGGAAAAGAAAGAUCUAGGCGAGUUAAUGCUUUCGCUGUGCUACUUGCCGACCGCUGGCCGUCUUACGGUGACUGUUAUUAAAGGAAGAAAUUUAAAAGCUAUGGAUAUAAAUGGUUCUUCAGAUCCGUAUGUCAAAGUCAGCCUGAUAUGUCAAGGCAAACGAAUCAAAAAGAAGAAAACGACUGUUAAAAAGAAUACACUUAGUCCGGUGUACAAUGAGGCUUUGGUUUUCGACUUGCCUUACGAAAAUGUGUAUGACGUCACUUUGUUGGUUAAAGUCAUCGAUUACGACAUGAUUGGCUCCAAUGAGUUGAUCGGCUGCACAGCUAUUGGCUCUUCACUGAUUGGUAUUGGGCGAGACCACUGGUUGGAGAUGUUGGACAAUUCACGGAAACCAGUCGCGCAAUGGUACCCUCUCAAUAAAAGCUUGCCGACGAAUAUUUCCUUACCAAGCAACCAUCAACAGAACGCUGGCUUGAGCUGUUUAAAUGGAAGGUAA